ACUUACGUAUUACUGAAUUACAUACUAGGGAAUCGUUAUCUUAUUCAUGCUAGUACAUAUGCUUUGUUAAAUCAAGGCUAGUAGAAAUAUAAACUGGUAUAAAGUAGUUGGAACAGUAGGUGUGAAUACAAUUUAACAUUAAGUGUAUAUAAAAAUCACAAUAUAACAAAAAUGUCAUAUUUAAAACGCACUUUUCCUGGCUUUCAAAAAUGGGCAUAUAAUUUUGCUGGAUUUAAUCAGUAUGGUUUAUAUCGAGAUGACCUUUUGCAUGAAACUGAGGAUGUAAAAGAAGCAUUAAAACGAGUACCACCUCACAUAAUAGAAGAACGUGAUUUUCGUCUUGUUAGAGCUAUGCAAUUAGAUCUCCAGAAAAAGGUUUUGCCAAAAGAACAAUGGACCAAACUGGAAGAGGAUAUACAUUACCUCCUACCACAUGUGCAAGAUGUAAUAAGGGAACGUAAAGAAAAAGAAGCAUGGGAAGCACAGUAAGGUGUAAUAAUGUGUUAGUGAAUAUU